UCUUAAAAUUUGACGUUUGUUUUGAUGUUUUUCCGAGUAUAGGUUAGAUUUUAAAAAUUACAAAACUAAAGUCUGAAUUAAUGAGAAAUUUAAUUUAUUAGACUGUUAUGGUAGUAUUACUAAUAAGAAUUAAUUAUUAGAGUUCAACUUAAAAGUCAGAACUGAAAAACCGAUUGGAAAUGUGAUACAAUAAAUAUCCUAUACCAUCAGCAUGCCCACAUUCCUGACUCCGGGUCGGCAUGGCUACAGUGUACGGUUCUCCCGGACCAGGCCUGAUGCCCUCGCAGUUGCAACCAGUCAGUACUACGGCCUGGCUGGAGGGGGCACCCUGUUCUUUUUGGAGCUGGCUCCGGAUGGAAGCACAAUAUUGGAAGCGCAGAAGUUGGAGUGGAGUGAUGGACUUUUUGAUGUUACAUGGUCGGGCACGACGGAGGGGGCGGCGGCGUGCGGCGCAGGGGACGGCACGGUGCUGGUGUUCCGCGCGGGCUGCGCGGCGCCGCUGCGGGUGCUGCGCGCGCACUGCAGCGAGGUCUGCUCUGUGGACUGGCCGCGCGCGCAGCUGCUCAGCGCCAGCUGGGACACCACCGUCAGACUGUGGGACCCUGAAUCGGAGACAUGCCUGAACACAUUCGCGGGUCACUCCCAGCUGGUGUACACGGCAGCGUUCUCCCCCCACUCGCCCUCUACCUUCGCGUCGGUGUCCGGCGAUGGGCAUCUGAAGCUUUGGACCUGUUCGGAAGCGGCCAGACCGGCUGCUGUGGUCAAGGCGCAUGAUGCUGAGGUGUUGUCAUGUGAUUGGAGUAGAACAGAAACGCAUGCGUUGGCGACGGCCGGCUCCGAUGGUUUGGUCAGAGGAUGGGACUUGAGGAGACUCACCUCCCCCAUGUUUACGCUUAAAGGUUGCGAGUGCGCAGUAAGGAGAGUGCAAUUUUCACCGCACGCGCCGUCUGUCAUAGCGGCUGUAUCGUAUGAUUUUACUACUAGGAUAUGGGACCUAAAAAGGGGUUGCGACCCCCUGGAAACAAUACGCCACCACUCAGAAUUCACGUACGGCCUGGACUGGAGUUCGCUCAGGCCUCAUUUAUUGGCUGACUGCGGUUGGGACUCCCUCGUCCACGUGUUUACACCGCGGAGCCUCGCCUGAGGAUAUGGCAACACCAGAGUGUUCAAAAAAGGAAUACUGUGACUGAUUUUGGCUGUGCGUAUGAACAGAGUGUGAUGUGCCAAACGCGAGCACUCGUUGUGCCAACCUUAUUGUUAGCGCUAUAAGAUUCAAAUUCGCUUGCUAAGCGAUUGGUGCAUAGUUUGAACAGGGAUAUGAAGAUAGUGAGGUUAUUAGUUUCUUUUAAUUUAUAAUUUGUUGUAUAUAUUAUAGGAACGGUAUUGUUUGCGUUUUUGAUAAAUAAAAAAAAGACGGAUGUAUAUUUGUCGAUGUCUUCGUCUACUUUAAAUUUUGAUUCAUGUUCGUCGGAGUUUCAACAUGUGAUCGCUAGAUGUCGUCUUUUAAUAAUCAAAUUUAUUAUUUUAUUGUAAAUAGAGAAUA